CUCUCUCUCUCUCUCUCUCUCUCUCAGUGUCACGCUCAUUUGCCCUCCUCCUGAAUCUCCUGAUACACCAUCUCUUCCCUCUCGUCAAACCGAUUCUCCUCUCCUCUCGCCAUUUUUGUUUCAUCUCCGAAAUCUCGGAAGAAGAAGACUUGAACGCAACAAAUUGUGGUUCCUCCAUUCUCGCAUUUUCUUGUUGUCAGAAAGCUUUACAAGAAAGCGAAAUUAAACGAAACGAAGAACGCAAUUCGCGUUUUUUCGGUUUCAGGUUCUUUGAACUGAAAGGUAAUUGCUCCGUCAUGAGGUUGCAGGAGGAGAAGGUACCUUUUAAGGUUGAAGAAGCGGAAAAAAUAGAGGACGAAAAAGAAGACGAAGAAGAUAUGUCUACUCCUUGUUCAUUAGGGAUUGAUGCAUUUCCUCAACAACAACAACAAAGGAGACUGGUUGUUGUUGGAUAUGCUCUUACCUCCAAGAAAAUUAAGAGCUUUUUGCAGCCUAAACUCGAAAGAUUAGCUAGGAAUAAGGGGAUAUUAUUUGUUGCCAUUGAUCAAAAUAGGCCCCUUUCCGAUCAAGGCCCUUUUGACAUUGUGUUGCACAAGUUAACUGGAAAAGAAUGGCGUCAGAUUCUUGAGGACUACCGGCAAACACAUCCAGAUGUAACAGUUCUUGAUCCUCCUGAUGCUAUACAACAUUUGCAUAAUCGCCAGUCAAUGCUUCAGUGUGUUGCUGACAUGAAUUUAUCUGACACUUAUGGAAAAGUUGGUGUUCCCAGGCAAUUAGUCAUAAAGAAAGAUGCGUCAUCUAUUCCUGAUGCGGUUGGCAUGGCUGGCCUUAGGCUACCCCUUGUUGCUAAGCCGUUGGUUGCUGAUGGAAGUGCAAAAUCACAUGAACUAUCACUUGCUUACGACCAGUAUUCUCUCCAGAAGCUUGAACCCCCACUUGUUCUUCAGGAGUUUGUUAACCAUGGAGGUGUCCUCUUCAAAGUUUAUAUUGUUGGAGAAGCUAUAAAAGUGGUCAGGCGAUUCUCUUUACCUGAUGUCACCAAACGAGAGCUGUCUAAACAUGCUGGUGUCUUUCGGUUUCCACGGGUAUCUUGUGCGGCAGCCUCUGCAGAUGAUGCAGAUUUGGAUCCCAGUGUUGGUGAGCUUCCUCCACGGCCUUUACUGGAGAGACUUGCAAAGGAACUUCGUCGGCGACUGGGUCUUCGGCUGUUCAAUUUAGAUAUUAUCAGAGAGCAUGGGACCAGCGAUCGAUUUUAUGUCAUUGACAUUAACUACUUCCCUGGGUACGGGAAAAUGCCAGAGUAUGAACACAUCUUUACCGACUUCCUCUUGGGUCUGGUGCAAAGCCAGUACAAAAAAAGAUCUUAUUAGUAUCUGUUGAUAGCCUUCCUCAUGUGAAAAGCAGAUGGACAGUCUCGGAAGAAUAACAUUCUCAAGAAGCAACAUGCAGGACAACAUUGCAUGCUGGUUUUGUUAACUUUACUGGUAGCUGGAGGAAGGCAAGUUCGAAAAUGCGGAAUCCCUGUCCCCAGCGUCUGUAAUUAUUGACUGGCUGGUAAAAUCUUCUUUUAUGAAAAGAAACAAUCAUGUGGUCGGCUCCCUGGAGUUGCCUUUGCUCGAAUCCUUGGUUCAAUCUGUUCUUUCUAUCUUGUGGUUGCAUGUGCUGUCACCAGGUGGCAUCAGUUGCUGGUCAGUCAUGCAGUUUGCUGUAUAUUCUUAUCAUUUGUUCUGCAUUGUAAUAGAUGUUGUCUUUUCUGAGGUGAAUUAGCCUUGCAGUAGAUUGGAACACAGUUAUAUGUUGCUUCUAGACUUUGACAUUGUUCAUCAUGGCAAGUUGCAUCUAGGGUCGGUAGUAAUAGGGAAUAAGUGGAAUCACCUUCAUUUAAACUUGAGUGAGGAAAUUUCUUCCCUUUUUUGUUUUUAAGAAAAAAAGAAUUUGAUUAUCUAAUUAAAAUGUAAGACUUGUAUUCU